AUGUCCCAACCUAACAAUCAUCCACCAUCUGAUCGUCCUCACUUCUUGAAAGUGUACGUGGAAGUAAUGGAACGAGAUGAUUCCAUACCCUUCCUUCUUGGACCACCAUCUUUGGACGGUGGAUCCGGUAUCGAUGGAUCAGAUUUUGAUUCAGACAUUUCUUUCGCCCUCACCUCUCCAUCAACCUCUUCUCCAACUUCUACACAAGAACACAAAACCUCCUCUUCCAUUCCCACUCUCAUCUCAUCCAUCGACGUCUCUCACUCCCCCUCUUUUUCUUCUACCCCCACUUCGACGGACACGGAUACCAUUACCCAAUCUCCAUCACAGCCACCUGAUGCGAUCGUGAAUACAUCUCCUAUUCAACCUUCUUCCAUCAGAUUUCUCGUCCCUAUCUUCCUCUUGUUCAUCAUAACGGUAGGAGUAUGUAUUUACCGCAAGAUCCGCGUUAUACGAAUGCGUCGUAUAGAUCGACAAUCACGUUCCUCAAUACCUUCUCCAAGUAAAGAAAAAGGUCCUUCAACUCCUGAUAAUAUCUGGGGAAAAAACGGAGGAUGGAAAGAAAUCAAAGAUGAUAAUCCUUGGGAUGGAGCUUCAGAUGACGAGAUGGUAUAUGAGGAGAAAGUUGGAUAUGUAUCUAUCAACAAUGGAGAGAUGGAAUAUAUUCCAGAGUUGACCAAAGGGUAUGAAAAGGGAAUCGAAGAUAUUGGUGGGGUUGUUUCUGCUGGGAAUUUAGGUUGGGGUUGGAGAGAUACUUUUCGUUCUGCUCGAGGAAAAGAAAGACAAAAUUUGUCUAAUCAAGAUGAUCAAGAUGUUGAAAGGGAAGAAGGGAUAAAGGAUAAAGUUCGAUUAAUAAGACUUGUCAAACCGAGAACAACACCUCAAGAACAAUAUUCUUUAGAUGGUACAUUACUCGAUACGCCUAAUCAGAUUAAUCCUCUCAAUCCUCUUAUGCCACCAACGGGAUCAUUAAGAAGGUUAAGAGAACGUAUAUUGUCAUGGACUACAAGAAAACCUAUCACCAAUAUCGCCUCAAAUCUAAUUCCUUCCGAUCCAACUUCAAAUGAUCAUGUCAACUCAGUCAAUCUAGAUGAUGGUAAUAUCAUAUGCGGACAAGGAGAAGAUAGUUUGGAUGGGAAAUUAGAAAGAAACAAAUCUCCAAAUAAACGUCGUCAGAUGAGACAUGUGCCACCAGAAGCACCAGAAUGGAUUCGACCAAGAAUGGUUUCUCCACCUUCAACAUCCGUUUUGAGUCCACCUAUGCAACCUCAUCUUUUCUUCGCCACCAAUUUAGACCCCAGGAUGGGAUCGACGUACACUCCUCCACAGGGGAGUGAUAGUGAGAGCGAAUAUUCUAUGCCAUCAAUGCAAGGGACACCUGUUCCUGAACAAGGAAUUGAUGGGUAUACUCCCACACCGGGGAGGGUGACGAGGAAACGGUCAGAGAAGGAAGGGAAGAAUGGGGUGGAGAGGGGAUUGUCAAAGGUUUCCAAAACGUCCAGGGGGUCGAGGAUUGAAAAACGAGAAAAGAGUACGAGAAGGAGAGAAAAAGAGAUUACGGGAAGACGAACGGACAGUCAGAAAACUUCCGGGAGGGAACGAAGAGAAAGUAAGAAAGAUCAGAAGGAAGAUCAGGUGAGGGAUGAAGUAGCUGGGAUAUUACGUGCCAGUUGGACGGAUAGAGCUCUGGCUAGUCCUCAAGCGACCGAAGUGACGAAGUUGAACUUGGGAGCUUUGCGCGGUCAGAGUCUUGAUGCUGCUGCUCACUUGGAUCUUGUGGGGGGAGAUGGAGAUGAAGACAAUGUCCAGAGGAACGAGGGUUCAUUCGAGGAAGGUGACAGAGGGGAAUCGGUCAGUAGUGAAAGAGGUGAUGGAAUUCAGCAGCGAUUGGGGUUGUAG